UCACGUCAGCUGUUACAAUGAUGAAAGGAGAACUGGAAAUAAUAAUAAUAAUAAUAAUUAUUAUUAUUAUAUAAUUACAGUUAUUAUUAUUAUUAUAAUAAAACUGCAAGUGUCAUGCAGCAAGGCGCCUUAUUAGGUGUAAAUAAAAUGCGGUACUCAGGUUAGAUUAUUAUUUUUUAUUUUUGUCAAACGUUAGAUUAUUAUUAUUUUUUUUAUAGUAACAUUAGAUUAUUAUUUUAAUGGCAUUUUAAUAAUACAAAUUAAGUUCUUUCUGGAUUCUUGUCUUAAAAGUCAAUAUCUAUAAGAGUGAUAGAUCGCCAAUCAGAUCAAACUAUAGAAUCAUAUUCUUGAUUCUUGAUGCUGGUCUUUAAUGAUUCCUCUAAUUCUCGAUUAAUUCUAAGCAACUGUGAAGGGGAAAGGGCGUCUUUGUGUGAGAAGAUGAAAUUCUUCAAGAAAUAUCAGGAGUAUAUGCAGAACCAAGAAAAAGAAUUACCUGCACUUGGUUUCAAGAAUCUUAAAAAGAUUCUGAAGAAAUGUAGGAAAGACCUUGAAUCCCAUCAACAACUUGAUAACAACGGAUCUCCUUCUGCUGAUGUACAACGUUGUCCAGUUUGCGAUGGAAUCUUCUUCCCUCCCCUUCUCAAUGAAAUGUCUGCUAUUGUUGGCUGCUUUAAAGAGCGAGCUCAGAAAGUGCUGGAGCUGCACUUGACUUCUGGCGUUCGGAAAUACUUAAAAUGGUGCAUAGGCAAGCUGAAAGGAAGUCAUAUUGCUUUGAUGCAAGAAGGCAAGGAUCUGGUUAUCUAUGCGCUUAUAAACCACACUGCCGUUCGAAAAUUGCUUAAAAAAUAUGAUAAGGUAUGCUUCAACCAAGGACAAGCCUUUAGGCUGCAAGCACAAAAUCUGCAAAUUGAGAUUCUUCAAUCCCCAUGGCUCCGUGAGCUUAUGGCUUUGCACAUCAAUUUAAGGGAGACGAAGAUCAAGUUAGAGACAGAGGGUCCUGCCUCGCUCGACGGGUUCUCACUGACAUUUGAUGAUAAUGACAAACCAUCACUUUCUUACGAGCUCUUCGAUUCCCUCAAGCUUGAUACAGAUUUGACCUGUCCAAUAUGCUUGGAUACAGUAUUUGAUCCAGUUUCUCUGACAUGUGGCCAUAUAUUAUGCUAUAUGUGUGCUUGCUCUGCUGCUUCAGUAACUAUUAUUGAUGGGCUAAAAGCGGCUGAGCACAACAAAAGAUGCCCUUUGUGCCGGAAGGCUGGAGUUUAUGAAGGUGCUGUACACUUGGAAGAACUUAAUAAUUUAUUAAGUCGAAGUUGCCCUGAAUAUUGGGAGCAGCGGCUGCAGUCCGAAAGAGUUGAGAGAGUUCGACAGGCAAAGGAGCACUGGGAAUUACAGUGUCGGGCAUUCCUGGGUGUCUAGAAUCUUCAGCUUGGUGACUUAAUAAUAAAUUAAUAUAACAUUCUGCACAUCUUCCCAGAAAAUCAGCUGCUUUUCUCUUUUCGGUCAUAGAGAAAUAGUGUGGCGGUAGAUGUUGCGGUCCUUUAUAUGUUGCUUAAUAUUGGUGUUGAUUAGCAGAAACAGAGUAUUUCUCCGUAAAAAGAUGGCUAAAAUAGCAAUUUAUAUAAAUCCUGAUUGAUAUGA